AUGCUGGCUUCAAUCGAACUUUUUCGAUCCAUCGAGAGCUUCAUAGCGUCGUUUUCGUUCCAGUCGGUGGAUCAUGAUACUAGCGGCAAGGAGAUUCAGAAACUCUCUCUCUCGCCAUGGAAACGGCCUUUAGAGAUAAUUUAUGACCUUUGGGCCAAUGCAAGAGAUGAAAAUAUUGAUUGCGCCUACGAGGCUUUGGAUGGAAAGAAAAUCUAUUUAUCAGGAGUUUCCCAAACCUUCUUCUAA